GGGGAGGGCGGGGAGCGCCCGGCGGAGCGGCGGGAGCGGCGAACAGGAGCCUGGAGGAGGCGGCGGCGUCGGCGGGACGAGGGCCGGACCCCGCGGGCACCUCCGGAGGAAGGGGCGGCCGGGGAUCGUGCUGGCGGGGCCACGCUUGCAGCAUGCUGCCCGCACGGACACCGCCCCGGCGCGCCGAGUCCCAGAAGUGAAGGUGUCUGUGCUCUACUGGGGACAAGGGGGACAACCCAUUAGAAGCAGACGUGGGUUUGUAGGUUAGAAAUGAACUUACCUUGGCAGGAAGCACUUGGCCAGGCUGGCAGAGACAGUGCUUAAGCCCUCACAUACCAGAUUUCUCCAGAAGCACAAAAGGAGAUGUUCUGUUCUUUGAAAAUAACUGGAGCCACUGGCAAGAAGCAGCAGCACUGCAUCAAACAAGGAAAGCAUUUCCAGGUUAUCAGAACAUGCUGUUGAACUGAAUUUUGCAGCUGCGUUUUCCAAUGUACCAUGGGAUGCAUCAAAUCCAAGGCUGCCUGUCAAGGUUCGAAGGCUAUCCCGGAUGAAAAGAUCGGGAGAGGCACCGAAGGAUGCACUGGGGAGAAAUCCUCUCUGAUAGCAGUGAAGGUGGACGAGAAGGGUCCCUCGAGCACCAUAGUGCUGGACUACGCGCAGCGCCUGUCCCGGGAGAUCCUGGAGCAGGCGGUGAAGCAGUGGGCAGUGACGGAGAGCAAGUACAGCGACAUCCCCUUCAUCGAGAGCGACGUGCCCUGAGCCCCUGAGCCCCUGAGCCCCUGA